AUGGGAACAACUAACUGUAGCGCCAUGGAACCAGCUUCUCUUUGGAGCGAUGCUGGUGUUCAUUUGUUGAUGCUGUGUGUGUGUUUUCAGGCGACGAUUGGUUUAAAUGGACGGCCUUCGAAUCGCACCGUCGUAUUCAGGGGAUUUGAAGAGAACAGCGAUAUGAUUCGAAUCAACACCGAUCUUCGUAGUCGAAAGAUUGAAGAGCUUAAGCAUUGUCCGUUUUCCGAGGUAAGGAAUCUUUUUACAAGGAUUCGUGGGAGCGAUUUCGGAUCAGUGGAAGAAUUGAUGUCAUUGAUGCCUCGAAUCCCUGACCAGACCAAGCUUCAGGUUGAUUACUUGAAUCUGAAAAGUAACCGGAGGCUUUUGUUUUCGUCGAUGGUUAGUGGAACAGGAGACAAGUGCUGGACUUCAGAAAUGGCUAACCCAUAG